AUGACUUCGCGACUGAGUCGCAUGUUUUCAAGAACGGAUCAUAAACAUCUCGAGAUUGCCAAGGGCAAUGUCGAGGCUGAAAUGGCCAACGGAGGCCACAUCAAUGGCACCCAAAGUCCAAGACCCAGUGUCGCACGCAUGCCUUCGGUGACCGAAAAGAAGCCCACGCCAGAGAAGCCACGGGACGGCUCCGUAGACCAUGGUAACGCGACACCUUCGAAACGCUUCGAACUACUGGACGAUGGCACACACACGCACUUUCUGAAGUCCAGCCGCCGGCAAGAGAAACUCAGUGACUUGCUACGCGACAUGCUUGGAGCAGGCAAGAAGAAGGAGCACGAGCACGAAGAGAGACAGCUUUCGCUGGUCUCAAACUGGGUAGAUCAGCUCAGAUCCGAAAAAGAUUCGCUCGCUUCAACUGAGAAGAAAGGCGGCCCAAACGCAACAGCGAAUCUGGUGGAGAAGUACGGCAAAUGCCAGGAAAUCGUCGGUCGCGGGGCUUUUGGCAUUGUCAGGAUCUCACACAAGCAAGACGCUCAAGGCCACGAAUUGCUCUAUGCUGUCAAGGAGUUCCGACGACGACCUCAGGAGACAUCUAAGAAAUACCAGAAGCGAUUGACGUCGGAAUUCUGCAUCUCUAGCUCCUUGCGCCAUCCGAAUGUUAUCCACACAUUAGACCUGCUACAGGACGCCAAAGGCGACUAUUGUGAAGUAAUGGAGUACUGCGCUGGAGGCGAUCUCUACACGCUUGUGCUUGCCAGUGGCACACUCCAAGUGCUGGAAGCGGACUGCUAUUUCAAGCAGCUGAUGCGCGGCGUUGAAUACAUGCACGAGAUGGGCGUCGCCCAUCGAGAUCUCAAGCCAGAAAACCUUCUCCUCACCACUCACGGAGCGCUCAAGAUUACUGAUUUUGGCAACGGUGAAUGUUUUCGCAUGGCGUGGGAGAAGGAGGCUCACAUGACGGCCGGACUUUGCGGCUCAGCGCCGUACAUUGCGCCUGAAGAAUACGCUGGCGGCGAGUUCGACCCGCGAGCUGUCGAUGUCUGGGCCUGCGGUGUUAUUUACAUGGCAAUGCGGACGGGUAGGCACCUCUGGAGACUGGCUCGGAAGGACGAGGACGAAUUCUAUGAGCGGUAUCUCGAAGGUCGCAGGGAUGAGGAUGGCUAUGCGCCCAUUGAAAGCUUGCACAGGGCUCGCUGUCGCAACGUCAUCUACUCCAUCCUCGACCCCAAUCCAGGUCGCCGCAUCACUGCCAGCCAAGUGCUUAAGUCCGAGUGGGGCCGCGAGAUCAAGGUCUGCAAAGCUGGCGAGGAGGGCUACUGA